UGCUCUAUAAAUAAGGGAGCUGUUUGGCAAACGCUACCAAGAAUUGGUGAGUGAAACGAAGAAAUCUGUUUAGGAAGAGAAGGUGGGAUGGAGUCAGAGAGAAAAGCCACGUCACAGAAGUCGUACCAGAGAAGAAGAGAUGGAAGUGAUGGUGGUGAAUCAGGAAGACCGUUUCAGAUGCCUCUUCACUAUCCAAAGUACACCAAAGCUGAUUACGAGACAAUGCCAGAAUGGAGACUCGAUUGCUUGCUUCAACAGUAUGGCCUUCCUCUCUCUGGUGAUCUUCAGCAGAAGCGACUCUUCGCCAUGGGAGCCUUCCUUUGGCCUUACUCUCACUUGCCAUUCUCAUAAUGCCUUCUCUACUCACUCGCUUCAUUAUUGUUCUAUGAGCUUGUAAUUGCAACAAACCCUUUUAGCUAUGAUGGACUUGGAGAAUAUAUAUCCUUGUGGAAUCGGAAGCUGUGUUCGGAAUAAUUUAUUAAUUUUUACUAUUUCUAGAAGUUGGGGUAUAGGAGUUCAUAUGAAUUGAGUCUUGAGUUCUUAUCAAGAUUAGGACAAGCAUCAAGACUCGAUGAACAUUUAUAAUUUAUAACAACUUGGCCUGACAUCCCCCCAUGAAAA